UUUCACACAUGUGCACAGCGUGUAGUUUCGUUCUAGAGAAUUCUUACUGAAAAUUUUAUAGCCUCAAAGUUUAUAAGACUGACCUAUAUUUCAACUAAUUUAUUACGACUCAUAACUAUCUCACUUUUAUCUUUUGUUGUCGUUGGAUGCUCCUAGUACCACAUCAUAACUUACCAAGUUAUCCGAUCUCGUAUACUACUCAGCAUAACAUCAUUAUUAAAGUUGAUAUUGGCUCCAUUCGAAAGCAUUAUUCUCGUUUCACAUAUGACAGUAAUCUUCACCUGGGAUCUGAAUAAUUCUGUAGUGAAUUUUGUUUUGUCAUUAGUGAAUUUGUCAUUACAUCUAAAUCUCGACAUUUGUUGAUCAAUCUCAAUCGGUUUAUAAUAGUAACAUGGUUUGUAUCAGACCAAAUACAGUUCUCAUACAUGGAUUCAUACGAUAGAAUUUCUGCUUCAUAAUGAUGAAUCAGUCCCAUUAACAGUUCACUGUGUUUUUAGCAUGCAAUUGAGUUAUAUCCCUCAAUAAUAUCUCUUAAGCUGUUGUUUCGCAGCUCAAGGUUUAGAACUCGCAUUCUCAAACUCAGUUGUGUUGGGAAGUUGAUUUUCAAAUAUGGAAUCUGUCGAUAUUCAUUGUUCUGCCUUAUGCACAGCUAAAAAUCGGAACCUGUCACUUCCUACGUCUACAGAUGUCUCAACUCCAUUUCGUUUUGUAAUUAUUGCUGACCCACAGCUUGGUUUACUUGAACAGUAUGUGGAGAAACGUCCUCGACCCCACCACUGGGAUAGGGAAGUGAAGCUUGUAAGUAGGGCAGUAAGUAUCAUAAAUCGUCUUUGUCCGAAGCCAGCUUUUGUUAUCAUUUGUGGGGAUCUUGUUAACGAACAUCCAGGUGGUUCUGAUAGAUGUAAACAAACAUCUGAUUUGUUGGAUAUACUGUCUCAUCUCAACAGUGAUAUCCCUCUUAUUGUGCUUCCAGGAAAUCAUGAUGUUGGGAACCGCCCUGAUGUAAAUGACGUGCAGGACUAUAUAAGCAUGUGGGGAGAUGAUUACUUUACUUUCAUAUUUAACCGAACAAGGUUUAUUGUACUUAAUACUCAAUACCUAGUGAAUGACUCGAAGUGUCAAUCUUCGUCCAGUGAAUUUCGUCAGUGGUUCAAUGAACAACUCUCUAUAAAAAAUGAAAAUUUUGAUAUGUCGGUUGUAUUCCAGUGCUUUGCCCGCACUUUUUGGUCCUAUAUUUCCAUAUUUUUCAAAACAUCACACUUUACAUAUCUCCGUCAUUUUCCAUGGUCUGACCACAAUAUGUAUUAUGAAGUUCUUCCUGGCGUUAUAGGUUAUUUAAGUCAAAUAGUGGUUUUCGACUCUAUCCUAAAAUAGUGGCAAGAUAUAGUACUCAUUUGUGACCACAAAUUGCUAUAAAAGUCUACGUUGACUAAGCAUAUUCCAUUUUUCUUAGAAGAUAUAAAUGAACCAGAUAAUUAUUUCAAUAUACCAAUAAAUUAUCGUAAAGAAUUUGUCAAUAAACUUUAUCAACAUAAAAUUUAUUAUGCAUUCGCUGGUCAUUUACAUAAAAACAUUAUAGCAAAUUAUACCCCAUUAAUAAUUAAUGAAAAUAAUGAUCACACCAAUAACAACAAUACUAAUAAAUCAUUUUCAAUGAUCAGUUCAUCAUCUGUUUGUGUCCAAUUAGGUAAUGAUCAACCAGGAAUUCGUCUUGUGCAAAUUGAUACUACUAAUAAUAAUAAUGAAAAUGAUGACUUUCUAAAGCAUGUCUAUUGGACGUUGGAUGAAUUAGAGGAAAUUUUAAACUCUGGUAAACAACCGGAAAUCUAACGGUUCUUAGACAUUAGGUUAUUUUACAACCUUGUUUUCUUACAAUGUGUAACGUCAUAAUAUUUGUUUUUUUUGGAUGGGGGCACCAUGUGAGAGGACUCACGUUUGUUUUUGAGAAAAAGGAGGAAAAAAAAAUAAGAGAAUGUUUCUUGAAAAUGAUCUGUUUUUUCUUGUUUUCUACCUAUUUCUUAGUUAUAUAUGUGAUGUUUGUGAUUGUAUUUUCUACGGUUUGUUUUAAUUGCAUCAUUGCUCUAAUCAAUUGAAUUGCUUGGGGUAUUUUUUCGCUCUUAGUGUACUAUUAAUUUAAUCAUAGAUCCAAAGUUCCAAUAAUUUGCGUUUAAAAGUUGAUAUUAUUCAACUGAUAUAUCAUUUCUUCUAGACAUACAUAUGUACAUUGUUCAAAAGUAAUUUGAAUAAUAAAGUUAUAUCUUAUGUUUUUA